CAACUACUACGGCCAUUGAAUUUCCUGACAUUAUGAAUACAAGCAGUAAUUCAGAUGACGAAACCACCUUUGAAGAGGCCAAUCAUUGCGAUUGUAAUCAGCUCGGCAAUAAAGUUGACACCCGAAUUCUUGAACUUGAAAAUAAAUUGCGAAGGUCGGAAAUCGAUUUGAUAAUUGCUAACGAAAAGAUCUUUAUAUUCGACGAUAAAAUAAAGGACAAAAAUGACAUAAUAGAAGUUCUAAAAAUGUCCAACUUGGAAUACAAAGAAAAGAUUGAUACCCAAGCUAGAACAAUUAAAAAGCUUGAAGAGGAAUUGUCCCAAAUAAAACAAGAAAAAUUAGAACAUGGUCAGGAAAUUAAGAAACUUAAAAAACUUCUCAAUGAAUUCACUACUAAUAAAUCUACUUCUGCAAAGUUAAGAUCAAAAAUAUUUUUUUUAAAAGAAAAUGAAAAGAAGAAUAUGGAAGUUAUUGUUUCUCUCAAGGCCGAGAUAAAGGAAAAUAUGGAAAAGAUACAUUCUCUAACUGUUGACCUUAUACAAAAAAACGAAGAAGAAAAAAGGAAUAAGGAUCAAUUAGAUUCCCUUAGGGCUCAAAUAAUCAAUAAAGAUGAAAUAGAAGCCGAGAAUAAAAACCUUAUAUCAACACUUAAAACUCAAGUAAAGGAGAAAGAUGAUCACACAGCACUUUUGGAGUUGGGAUUGAACUUGGAAACUAUUAAAAAUAAGGAGAAGGAUGAUAUAUUAAAUGACCAGGCAGCUACAAUUUUGAAACUGAAAUCCUAUCAGGAAAAACCAGAAGAAAACUAACAACUUAUAGCGUGCCUUAAUGCAAGUUUUUUUUAA